AUGACAUUAUUUGAACUUACCGAUAGGCUAAAAAAGACCAUUGCAGAAUCCCUGUUUAGCCCAAAUGCAAAGGAGAAACUAAUUCUGCUGGAAUACAUAAGUCACCGAGAGUUAGUAAACUUUUACCAAGCAUGCCAUCCCACACCAUCAUUAUUGUCAUUGAUCAGGCAAACAAAGCUACAUAUACCACUGUAUGAGACUUAUAAACAACCAAAAACCAAAGAGUUCUUGCAGAUGAUGGAGAGACUACGUCUCGAAGCACAAGAAUCGGAGUACAAGAAGUUGAUAAAUCCCGCACCUGAACACACCACGUUGUAUGAUACCACCAAUCAAGAAUACGUAUCGCCAGUUCAAGCUCACAAGGAAUUGAAAAAUCAAUUGACAACCAUUGUCAAUGUUUUCAUUAGUGUUGGUAGUGUAUCAUAUGCUGUGUGGUAUUGGACAGCGUCUAGUUGGAGAUUGAGAGAUAGUUAUCGUGUAUUGUUGACGGUGUUUUUUGGAUUGUUGGUAUUGGUAGCUGAAGUAGUGGUAUACAUGGGAUACUUGAAUAAGAUUGAAGAAGCUAGACAAAAGGAAUAUAAGAAAACAGAAGUAAAGAAAGUAAUCAAGUCAUACAACUUAAUAGGAGAGGAGAAAUAG